UCUGUCUCAGAGCCUUUGAACUCUUUGCUGCUCUCCCAAAUACACAGAACUUGCUUCCAGACCUCCAGUCGCUGUUCAAAUGGCCCUUUUUGGUGAGCUCUUUCUUAACCAUCCUAUUUGAAACAGUAAUACCCAUGGCCUGGCAUUCCCUCUUUCCUCUGUUUUUUUCUCCGUAGCACGUAUCUAUCCUACAGCUGUUUGUUAUUUACCGUUUUUGUAUAAAGAGAAAAAGUAUUGACCAAGACGAGCCCCGACCAUAAAGAACGUGGGAAAUAAUUCUCUACAUAACCCUCUCAUCCUGUUCAGAGGCUUGCCGCCUCCUCUGGAGGCUGAUACGCCCGGGGAUGACGCUGAAUCUCGGGCAGCGGAGACGUACGUAGAGCUCCCCCGGGCCAACACCUUGCCCGGGAGAAACGGGGCGUCUCGUCCACGGCUGCCUGGCUGGAGGACGAGGCGGGCACUCGCAGCCUCGGGCCGGGCCGCCUCCCCGGCGGAAGUGGCGGGCGGAGCCGGGCUCUCCUUCCAGCCGCUGACGGGACUCACGCGGGCGGGGGGGAAGGGUGGGCAGGGCGGCGGCGGAGACCCUUCCUCCGCAGGGGACGCGGAAAGACGCGGCGGCUCCGGCAGAACCCCCGGAAGUCGAAGCCCUUGCUUCCGAGGGGACGGCUUCGUGGGGCGGACCGGGGACGCGGCGUUGCAUCCUGCUUACCUAGGAAAUGCAGCUAACGCAUCAGCUGGACCUAUUUCCUGAAUACAGAGUGACCCUUCUGUUAUUUAAAGAUGUAAAAAAUGCUGGAGACUUGAGAAAAAAGGCCAUGGAAGGUGCCAUUGAUGGAAUUAUUGUGGAUCCAUUUCAGAUACUUGUGGCAGCAAACAAAGCAGUUCACCUCUACAAACUGGGAAAAAUGAAGACAAGAACUCUAUCUACUGAAAUUAUUUUCAAUCUUUCCCCAACUAACAAUAUUUCAGAGGCUCUGAAGAAAUUUGGUAUCUCAGCAAAUGACACUUCAAUUCUAAUCACUUAUAUUGAAGAGGGAGAAAAACAAAUAAAUCAAGAAGACCUACAUGUCAUCUGUCUUUUAUUUUUACAGAUAUAUAAACUGUCUUCACAAGAAGAAAGUAUUGGGACAUUACUGGAUGGUAUCAUUUGUAGAAUGUCAACAAAAGAUGUUUUAUGAAAUGAAAAAUAUUAAUGGUUUUCAGCAUUUAUUAAAAACAUUGGUUAUUUUUUCCAGAUUAUAACAUUUA